AGUAGAAGGCGCGUGUGAUCAAGUUUGUGCCCUAAGUCGUUUGUAGUGCGAGAUCAAUCAUCAAGCUAAUCAAGAGUGGAUUACCAAAAAGCAAACGCGCACUCACUCACACAUACACUAACUUGUGCAAAUAUUUGCGCACAGUUGACGACAUUCAACGACUUUUUUCCAACACAAAUACGUAUAUAUAUAGAUAUAUAUAGUUAGGAACCUAACCCCACCUCCACACACUCACACACAGGAAACGGCUUAAGAUCGCGAACUCAAUGUGGGCAUAAAAAAAAUAAAACAGAAACAGAAAACAGAAAACAGCAAUCUCCACUGGAUCAUUGCAAAAGAUUAACGAGUUACGUUUUCCAUCGAGUUGAUUGUUGUUAUUUCUUUCUUCCCAACAAAAAAAAAAAAAUUCGGCGUCGAGUAACUAGCAUUUAAAUAACUAAACAAAAGCUUAAAACACCCACCCGGAGGCAGACAACAACAACAAAUAAAAAAAAAACACAUAAACACAAAAAAAAAAAAAUGCUGAUAUCAACCAUCUCCACAGACUCCGUUAUGACGACGGCCACAAACAACGAUGGCGGCACACAGCCCAAUUCGGUGGCUGUUUGGGGCGCACCCGCUGCGGGGCCGCGCAACACACAGGCCGCAGUCUCUGUGCGGCACGCCUUUAAGGCCUAUGGCAAGAAGAAGAACGCCAACCAAGUGCUCAACAAUUUGAAUAUGACAGUGCCCAAGGGCACAAUUUAUGGCCUGCUGGGUGCUUCCGGCUGUGGCAAGACUACGCUGCUCUCCUGCAUUGUGGGUCGUCGUCGCAUGGACUCCGGCGAGAUCUUUGUGCUCGGCGGCAAGCCAGGCACUCGAGGAUCGGGUGUGCCCGGCAAGCGAGUGGGUUACAUGCCCCAGGAGAUUGCGCUGUAUGGCGAGUUCUCCAUUCAGGAGACCAUGAUGUAUUUCGGCUGGAUCUUUGGCAUGGAGACCAAAGAGAUUCUAGAGCGUUUGCAGUUUCUGCUCAACUUUCUCGAUCUGCCAUCGGAGAAGCGUCUGGUGAAGAAUCUCAGCGGUGGUCAACAGCGUCGUGUUAGCUUCGCUGUGGCUCUAAUGCAUGAUCCCGAGCUGUUGAUUCUCGAUGAGCCAACGGUGGGCGUGGAUCCUUUGCUGCGUCAGAGCAUCUGGAAUCAUUUGGUGCACAUCACCAAGGCCGGACAGAAGACGGUGAUCAUUACCACACAUUACAUCGAGGAAGCCCGUCAAGCACACACUAUUGGUCUGAUGCGCUCGGGACAUUUGCUGGCCGAGGAAUCGCCCAGCGUGCUGCUCUCGAUGUACAAGUGCAUCAGCCUCGAGGAGGUCUUCUUGAAGCUAUCGCGCAUCCAAAGCCAAAAGGGCGAUGUUACCCACGUCAACUUCAGUAACAACAUCUCGUUGCAUGCCAUGGCCUUUGGCAGCAAAAUGGAUAAGCCAAGCUCCAGUCAGGAGGGCGGCGUCGUCGGUCUCAACUUCCACCAGAGCAAGGAGAUGCUUGUCAACGACAGCAAUGGCUCCAUUUACACAUUGAAUCAGGAACCUUAUAGUCCGCCACCAUCGAAGCGACAACAGAAUAAUCCCAAUGAUGAGGAGAGCUGCCAGGAUUGCUUUGCCGAUCUCUGUAAGGUGACAUCGAAGGGCAAAAUCCGCGCUCUGCUCACCAAGAAUAUGCUGCGCAUGUGGCGUAAUGUGGGCGUGAUGCUCUUCAUCUUCGCGCUGCCCGUGAUGCAGGUCAUACUCUUCUGUUUGGCCAUUGGCCGUGAUCCACAAGGCUUGAAUUUGGCUAUUGUCAACAAUGAAAUGAACAAUACGGACACUUGCUACUGGGAGGAUGGUUGUCACUUUGCCAACUUGGGUUGUCGUUAUCUGAAUCAUCUGAAUACGAGCGUGGUUAAAACAUAUUAUACGGACAUAGAGGAUGCCAAGGAUGCAGUACGUCGAGGCGAUGCUUGGGGUGCUGUCUACAUCACGGAGAACUUCACGGAUGCCUUCACAGCUCGUGCUGCCUUAGGACGCGAUUCGGAUGAUGAGACCAUUGAACAAUCGGAGGUUAAAGUGUGGCUGGAUAUGUCCAAUCAACAGAUUGGCGUCAUGCUCAAUCGCGACAUUCAGCUGGCUUAUCGUGACUUUGCCAUGGGUCUGUUGGGACAGUGUGGCAACAAUCCCAAGCUCGGCGAUGUGCCAAUUCAAUUCCGUGAGCCCAUCUAUGGCACCAUGAAUCCAUCCUUUACCGACUUUGUGGCACCUGGCGUCAUAUUGACCAUUGUGUUCUUCUUGGCUGUUGCAUUGACGUCAUCGGCGCUGAUUAUCGAACGCACUGAGGGCUUGCUGGAUCGUUCUUGGGUUGCUGGUGUCUCACCUGGUGAGAUUCUCUUCUCCCAUGUCAUCACACAGUUUGUGGUCAUGUGCGGUCAGACGGCGUUGGUGCUCAUCUUCAUGCUGGUUGUCUUUGGUGUGACCAACAACGGCGAAUUGUUCUGGGUGAUUGUAUUGACCCUGCUGCAGGGCAUGUGCGGCAUGUGCUUUGGUUUCCUCAUCUCCUCCGUCUGCGAACUGGAACGUAAUGCUAUUCAGCUGGCGCUGGGCUCCUUCUAUCCAACGCUCCUGCUCUCGGGCGUCAUUUGGCCCAUUGAGGGCAUGCCUGUGGUGCUCAGAUACAUCUCGCUUUGCCUGCCUUUGACGCUGGCCACAUCAUCGCUGCGCUCGAUUCUGACGCGUGGUUGGGCGAUAUUCGAGUCCGAUGUGUAUAUUGGUUACCUGAGCACGCUAUCCUGGAUCCUGGGCUUCCUGGUGCUGACGCUGCUCGUGCUGCGCGCCAAGCGCGGCUAGAAAGCUCUUACAUUGUAGUGAAACUAAUUAUAAAUGUUUACGUUUAGUUUCCCUUUUAGGACUAGGACUUUAGGCCGCUUUAAGUAGUCAUCCUUCUACUUCCUGUUUUAUUUUUGUGUGUAGUUGUUUAAAUUGUCCUUCUGUCCUAGACGAGUUUCCUAAUUGUUUGCUUUCUCUCUUUCUUUGUCUAUGUCUGUCUCUUUUUCUCACCCCACCUCUCUCGAUUUUCAAAACAAAACAAAAAUGUCAUAAAUUAUUUAAGCACAUAUGCGAUUUUCUCUCUUUUUCCCCCUCUCUCUAUAUAUAUUUUUCCAUUAUUUCCUUUGCAAAGUUUUCCUUAUUUUGUAAGUUGUGCACACAUUUUACGUAGUUUAAUUUGUAAGGUUUAGGUACAUAAAUAAAUUGUUGUAAAUAUUUAAAGCUGCAACGUAAUCUACAAAAGCAAAAAAAAACAAAAAUUGAUAUAAAGGAAAUCCAAGAACUAGCGACGUUGUAAUAUCUGCAAACCCCUUUUCAGAAUUUGAUUUGAUGACUUUCAAAAUGGGCAAAAGAAAAAAAAAAGGCACACGAACUAAUUUUAUAUAUUUUUCAAUGGACUGUGAUUGUACUAUGUUUUUUGUUUUAAUCUUGCACAUAAAUUUCACGUUGGGAACAAACCCGCAGAAAAAACUAUGAAGACGAAAAUCAGAAGACAGAGAAUACAAAAAAAAAAAAACAAAAUAUAAAAAAUAUAAAUGGUGGGGUUUGUUAUUAACAUUAA